AUGACUCAAGGUACAUUAUACGCAUCCAGCAGCCCAAGGAGUAUAUCUUCUAAAGCAUUGAUCAAAUAUUUCAACCUAGAUUACAAAAUCAUCACCAAUUUAGAAGAAGAUGCCACUUUUGGUGAAAAAUUCCCAAUAAAGAAAGUCCCAUCCUUAUGGGGCCCCAAGGGUUUGAAACUAAACGAGGCAAUGGCUAUCCUCUUCUACUUGGCCAAUUCCAUCGACGAUGAGAAAAUCAAAUCUAAAUUGAUCGGUUCCACCGUCAUGGAAAAGACUGAAAUCAUUAGAUGGUUAUCAUUCAGUAACAUGGAUGUAAGUUUAACUAUCUUCAAAAUAUUCUUAACAUUCCUUGGUGCAACUCCUUAUAAUAAAAAGGAAGUGGAUAACGCAUACGUUAACUUGGAUAAAUAUGCUUCAUUUUACGAACAAAGAUUGAAGAAUUUCACUUAUUUGGCCACAGAAAGUAUCUCAUUAGCUGAUCUUCACGCUGCUAGCUUUUGGAGUUUGGCAUUCUCUAAACUUGUAGGCCCUCAAUUUGUAGCAAAGUUUCCAGCUUUGGUUAGAUGGUUCAAGACUGUCAUUUCCUCUCCAAUCAUGGCACCAUUCUUCAUUGAUUUCGAAUUUACAGAUAAACCAAUGGAAUAUGUUCCACCAAAGAAGGAGAAGAAACCAAAGGCAGAACAAAAUAAAACAAAAGUUGAAAAGAAACCUGAGACUACUGCCGGUGAGGAAUCUGCUCAACCAGCUAAAAAACCAAAACAUCCAUUGGAAGCUCUAGGUAAGUCUACUUUCAUCUUAGAUGAAUGGAAAAGACAAUAUUCUAACGAAGAUACAAGACCAGUUGCGUUACCUUGGUUUUGGAAACAUUACAAUCCAGAAGAGUACUCCUUAUGGAAAGUUGAUUACAAGUAUAAUGAUGAAUUGACUUUGACUUUCAUGUCUAACAAUUUGAUUGGUGGAUUCUUUAAUAGAUUAUCCGCAUCUAACAAGUAUAUGUUUGGUUGUUUAGUCGUUUAUGGUGAAAAUAAUAAUAAUGGUAUCACUGGUGCUAUUAUGGUUAGAGGUCAAGAUCAUAUUCCGGCAUUUGAUGUAGCUCCAGAUUGGGAAUCUUAUAGUUAUACUAAGUUGGAUCCAACUAAGCAAGAAGAUAAAGAAUUCGUCGAUAACAUGUGGGCUUGGGAUAAACCUGUCAUUGUUAAUGGUGAAUCUAAGGAAAUUGUUGACGGUAAAGUCUUGAAAUGA